UAGAGAUUCACCAAGUCAGUUUUGAGCCUCGAACUACUGGUCCUGGCUGGGGAGUUCCAUUGUAGCGAGGAGAAAAAUUCGAGUAAUAACGAACAAAAUACCGGUACUACAAAAGAAGCUGCCAACAUGCAAUUACUCCCAUCACCUAGGGUGCCGAGCUAUCGUUUGCUGCAUUAUGUGGUGCUAUAUCUGGUGUGGUUCGCCUGGUAGAGUUAACUAGGGCACCGAGCCCUAACAGACCCCAGAAAAACUACGAUCACGUGUCCAACUCAAUGAGGCAUCACGUGCGCCGACCCUGUGCUGAAAAUUUUCAACACUCCAAAACUGUGAACCAGCUAGACAACCAAGGUAUACAAAAAUGGGUAAAUCUCGUGGUUACAGAUCCGGUACUCGUUACGCUUUCCAACGUGACUUCAAGAAGCAUGGUGUCAUUCCAUUGUCCACCUACUUGAAGACCUACAAGGUUGGAGACAUUGUUGACAUCAAGGCCAACGCUGCCAUCCAAAAGGGUAUGCCACACAAAUACUACCACGGUAAGACUGGUAUCGUUUACAACGUCACCAAGACCUCCGUCGGUGUUAUCAUCAACAAGGUUGUUGGUUACAGAUACCUCGAAAAGAGAGUCAACUUAAGAGUCGAACACGUCAAGCACUCCGCUUGUCGUCAAGAAUUCUUGAACAGAGUCAAGUCCAACGCUGCCUUGAAGAAGGAAGCCCGUGCUAACGGUAAGACUGUCAACUUGAAGAGACAACCAGCCAUGCCAAGAGACUCCAGAAUUAUCUCUACUGAAGGUAACGUCCCACAAACUUUGGCUCCAGUUCCAUACGAAACUUUCAUUUAAUCGUCUGGGUGUAUAAUUAGGAUUCUGGGUAUAAGACAUGUAAUGUGUUAUGAGAUCUUGUAGAGAUGUGGCAGGUGAAGUCUGAAGGGACACAAUAGCCAUGCUGACAAUUGUAGAGAACUAGCUGAGGAUGUUAAGCCAGCUGAUCCUAGAUAAGUCAAGUUGUCAAGCGAUCACUGACUUAAGCGAG